AUGUAUCGAAAUAAUAAAGUCAAGGGAUUCAAAUCUGUUUUAAAAUGUCAACAAUCGGCAGAUAGUCAGCCCAAGGAAAGUUCAAAAAAUGUUGUUAAAUCGCCUGAAAAUUCAGAACAAUGUUCUCGCAGAAGUACUACGAGUAUUCUUAACUUAUUCAAGACAUCUGUCGAAAAAGAAAAUAAAGAAAUUCAAGAAGGAUAUAUUCCAGUUGUACAAAACAAUGACAAUGCAAUGAGCAAUAAAGAAAAGUCCACAAUAAUUAGUAACAGUAAUAAAAUCAUUUUUAAUGUAGUGAUAGGCAAAAAAUCUGCAAGAAAACAUAAAAAGUGGGAGGAUGAUGGUAUUUUAGAAGUUACAGGGAAACAUGCAGUUCUAAAGGAUUCAGAAGGUAAUGUCAUUCAGAGGACAGUGAUUAAUCAAGAAAGUCUAGUGGAAGGUUUUAGGAUGUACAUAGAAAAUAAAGAAAUUGAGAUAGUGAAUAAAGUAAUAGAUAACCAAUCAUUGGCAAAUAAAUUGGUUGAGGAAACAAUUCCAGAACCACCAAGAAAAAAGUUAAAAAGUUCCAGUUCUGGUUCUUAUCAACCCCUUGCUUCUUUAAAAAAAGGGUUCAAAUUAACAUCCGAUCCUCUUGUAAUGCCUGUUAUAUGUACCUCACAAAAUUGGAUUGAGAGCGAUACACCAGAAAAAGAAGAAGAAGUAACUGUAGAUGCUUGUUUAGUAAAUGCAUUGAGGCCACAUCAACGACAUGGUAUUGUGUUUCUCUAUGAAUGUAUUAUGGGUUUGAAAGUACCCAAUUACUUUGGUGCCAUUUUAGCUGAUGAAAUGGGUCUUGGUAAAACAUUGCAAUGCAUUACUCUUAUUUGGACACUAUUAAAAAAAGGGCCAUAUGGAAAACCAGUCCUGAACUAUGUAUUAGUAGUAACUCCUAGUAGUCUCUGUAGUAAUUGGAACAAAGAAUUUGGACGCUGGUUGGGUUGCCACAGAAUAUUUCCAUAUGUUGUAAAUGCUAAAAAUAAACCAAAAGACUUCAAAAAACAGUUGAAACAUUCAAUAAUGAUUAUUAGUUAUGAUAUGCUUAUUAGAUGUCAAGAAGAAAUUGAGCAAACAGCUUUUGACUUAAUUGUAUGUGAUGAGGGCCACAAAUUAAAAAAUAACGAUUUAAAAGCAGCAAAGAUCUUAAGUAACAUGGACUGUAAAAAGAGAAUCCUCUUAAGUGGGACACCAAUGCAAAAUGAUCUACAAGAAUUUUUUGCAUUAAUAGACUUCGUAAACCCAGGUAUACUGGGCAGUAAUUAUGAAUUUACAAAUUAUUAUGAAAACCCUAUUGUAGCUUCGCGAUGUCCUCAUGCAACCGAAAGUGUUGUGUCUCUGGGAACAGAAAGAGCCAAUGAAUUACAUGAAAAAAUGAAAUGUUUCAUCCUAAGGCGUACACAAGAUACAAUUAAUGAGUACUUGCCGUCUAAGCACGAGCUAGUUGUAUUUUGCCGUUUAUCUGACGAACAAGAAGACUUGUAUAGACGCAUCACGGACGCCUGGUUUAAUAGAACAGUACUACCGGGUAACGGCAUUUCUCAUUUGACAGUGAUAACAAUGCUGAAAAAAAUUUGUAACCAUCCGGAUUUAUUUUACAACGAAAAGAAUGAUUUGCUUCCGAAUGACUUUACAAAUACGAAUAGAAAUUCUUACAGAAAAAACUGUGGAAAUAUUUCAAAAAAUACUUACUGUGGAAAAAUGUCGGUUAUACAAACUUUAAUAAAAAAUUUAAAGAACACUGAAGAAAAAUUAGUAUUAAUUUCUUAUUAUACACAAACGUUGGAUUUAUUUGAAAAUGUUUGCAGCAACGAAAACUUACAGUUUCUUAGAUUAGAUGGUAGUACAGCAAGCAGCUCCAGAUCCAAGAUCAUUGAUCAAUUUAAUUCAAGAAACAAUGAAAGCAAGAUAUUUUUGUUAAGUGCCAAAGCUGGCGGAGUUGGCUUAAACCUUCCUGGUGCGUCUAGACUUGUUUUAUUUGAUUCGGACUGGAAUCCAGCAUCUGAUUCUCAAGCUAUGGCAAGAAUUUGGAGAGAAGGUCAACAAAGAAAUGUUUAUACUUUAAGAUUACUAACAACAGGAACAAUUGAAGAAAAAAUUUUUCAGAGGCAAAUUAGCAAAGCAGGCUUGAGCAAAACUGUAAUGGAUCUGAAUUGCUCUGCUUCACUAAAACUGUCUACAAAUGAAUUGAAAGACCUCUUUACACUGACAACAGAUACAGAUUGUUUAACACACGAUCUAAUGAAAUGUAGUUGCAAUGAAUACAAAGAAAGAGAAACAAGAUCUAAACCAUUGAAUACUGAAAAUGAACGGACACAUCAGCUACUUCUAGAAGAUAAAGAAACGCAACAAAAUUUGACAAUAAAUCAGCUGUUGAAGUGGGAACAUUAUCAGCAACCAAUUCCAGAUAACAUAAUACAGGAAAUCAUGUUAUCUGAAAUAUCUAGUAAUAUAACAUUCUUGUUCAGAAAUUCUAUUUUAAACGAGAAAGCUUAA